GAAUGUUGAAUAUGCAUCUUGGCUUCUUUUAAACUGCCCCAAACAGAACCAAAGCAUUUGGAGCCAUUUUUGGAGUUCAUUUCAAGCUCAGUUUCUUCACAUGGCUAUGGCUUCCAUUAAUUUCUUCUUCUUUUCAUUCUCUCUCUUCUUCCACUUUCUUCCCCUCACUCACUCUGCAACCAUCACACUCCAAAACAACUGCACUCACACCAUUUGGCCCGGCAUUUUAUCCGGCGCCGGAACCGCCCCACUUUCCACCACCGGCUUCUCCCUCCUCCCCUCCGCCGCCUCCGUCCUCUCCGUCCCCGCCUCCUGGUCCGGCCGCAUUUGGGCUCGCACUUACUGCUCCACCAACCCCUCCUCCAGCCGCUUCUCCUGCGCCACCGCCGACUGCGGCUCCGGCGCCGUCGAGUGCGGCGGCGCCUGCGCUGCCCCACCCGCCACUCUCGCCGAAUUCACCCUUAAUGGCGGCGGCGGCUUCGAUUUCUACGACGUCAGCCUCGUCGAUGGGUACAACAUCGCGAUGCAGAUCGUGCCGGUGGGUGGGAAGUCCGGAAAUUGUACGGCCACCGGUUGCAUUGGGGAUUUGAACGGGGAUUGCCCACCGGAGCUUCGGGUGGUGAUGGGGGGCGGAGAGGAUGGGCGGAACCGGAGCGUGGCGUGUAAAAGCGCGUGUGUGGCGUUUGGGAAAGCGGAAUAUUGUUGCAGUGGGGCGUUUGCAAAUCCGAACACGUGCAAGCCGAGUAAUUACUCCAAAUAUUUCAAGGCCAAUUGCCCUUUGGCUUACAGUUACGCUUUCGAUGACGGUACCAGCACUUUCACCUGUGUGUCAGCCAAUUAUGUCAUUACUUUUUGCCCUUCCUCUUUGCCAAGUUUGAAGGAAUCUAGUGAACCACAACCGCAAGCGGCUGACAUUUCAGGUUGCCGGCGUCGCACUGCUCCGCCGUCCUUAGCUAUUUUCACCGCUGUGUGGGUGGCCGUUUGGCGCCUGCGGCAUCUUUUUCCACACUGCCAAAAUCACUGAAUAUUUAAAAGGCUAAUAAUUUCUUAUCUUUUUAUGUCAUUUUCAAUGAUUUUUUUUUUAAUGUAGUACAAAUCUUCAAUUAAAUCAUUCUAUAUCAAAUGUGAAAAUUCGUUU